ACCGUGCAAGAUGGCCGUAAAGGUGCAAUGCGGUGUUUCCGCGGAAACGCGAAUUGAAGAAUUAUGAUUGAAAUGUGGUCCAUUUGGUCAAAAACUUUUACAAAAUGAUAGUGAGUGAGUGUUGGUAGUGUAUAAUUAAAAUACUUCCAUCUUCUACAGUCAAUUCACACAGAUUUUUGUUAAUAUUAAAGUUUUUGUCGUAUUAAAGACGUAAUGUUGCGUAGACUUAAUUUUUAUUCAAUAUGUUUCGCAUUUGGUCUCAGUGUUCUAUUAAUUCUUGCUGGAACGAAAUAUACAGAUAACAUAAAUUACCACCCGCCUCCUGAAACUCGCAAGACGAUUAGGAACUAUUUGAAAAUUGAAGAUGGUGAUGACAACCUUGCGCAGCCAAUACCAACUAACCCUUAUGAUGGUUUGCCUAAUAUAGAUAAGAUAAUAGAGAAAACCCGUAACAAAAUUAGGAUUGAAUUGUUGAAUUAUAAUUUCACAAUCUCUGGUGUUAGCAACUUAGAGGAUUUACUGAUGGAAUCUGGAGGAACACCAUUAAGGAGUCUAAUUGUUUCAACCUGGCGGUCGGGUUCGACUUUCUUUGGUGAACUAUUAAACGCUAUGCCAGGUAAUUAUUACCAUUAUGAGCCCUUUUUAUGGUAUGACAUUAUACAAAUUAGAGGCCCGCCUUACUCUUAUAAAGCUUUAAAGUUUAUGAAGAAUUUGAUGAAGUGUAACCAUGAAGGUAUGUCAGAAUAUUUUGAAUUUGGAAAAGGGCAUCUACAUGCAUUCAGCCACAAUACGAGACUAUGGGACCACUGUAAAUAUAAUAAAGAAUUAUGUUUUGAUCCUGAUUUCACAACAAAGAUAUGUAGGUUGUUCCCGUUCCAAAGUAUGAAAGUUGUUCGAGUCAGAUUAAGACUUAUUGAAGAGUUGCUGGAAGACAAAGAGCUUAAUUUAAAAGUAGUGUUGCUCAUCCGUGACCCUCGAGGUGUGAUGCAGUCAAGGCAGCACCGGUCUUUUUGCCAGCCUUCACCAGACUGCUGGUCUCCGGAGCUGGUAUGUGCUGAUAUGAUCAGUGACUAUGUAGCUGCAAGUAGGUUUAUGGAAAAGUAUCCUAACAGACUUAUGGCACUGAGAUAUGAAGAAUUGGCACUCAACCCAAAUGCUACAGCGCAUAAAGUCUUUAAAUUCUUGAGAUUGGAUGUGACACCGUCUGUAGAGGAAUUCCUGCAUACUCACACAACCACAGAAGUUGCUGGAGUCAGUUCCACAUUCAGGGUUUCUAAUGCUGUACCUUUCAAAUGGAAGACAAGUCUGCUUUUUAACUAUGUUGAUGAAGUGCAGACUGCAUGCAAAGAAGCCAUGAGUUUGUGGGGCUACAAAAUGGUGCACAAUGCUUCCCAAAUGGCCAGCAAAGAUUUCUACCCUAUAGAACCAUAUACUAUUACUCAAUGAAUCACCAGGCAAAAUAUUGUGAUACUAACAUACUUGCAUAAUACUUGGUUUCUAUCAUCACAAAUUGUGGAUGACUGAGAGUUGUAUAAAAAAGAGGGCUCGGCAAAUAAGUAUUAAUCAGUUAUCACAUCAUUUUAAAUUAACAUUAUUUUUAUUUAAAUUAUUUCCUCAUUUAUAAUAAUCGUGAAAUGACUAAGGUAGUGGCACCAAUGAUCGCCAUUUUUUCUGUGAUCAAUAAAAAUAAUAACACAACGGGAAGUGUUGAUAAUUGGUUCUUGUCGGUCAUUGGUACCACUACCUUAUGUUGAUAAUAUUGCCUAUAGAUAUUAUGAAAUGAUAGAAAAAUGUUCUUCUCAUUGAGCAUUCAUAUACUUAAUCUUAAUUUAAACAGGUUAAUUGUGGUACAUGUCAAACUUAUAUUUUGUUUAUUUGUACUGUAAGGGUUGUGUGUGUGAAUUAUAAAGUUUCACACCAAAGAAAUAUUGUUGAAAUCUUUGGUUUUACAAGCACCUAAUGUUAUUGUCACUUAGUGCCCUAAAUAGUGAGAAGUUAUUGACUUAAUCGCCUUCAAUAACAAUUUGAGAAUCGGCUGGUAGUUUGGUUCUUAUAUUUGCAAAUCACCAUGGUAGACUUAUGGCCAAUGUAUUUGCCAAUAACUUAGUGAGUUUUUGGCACUUAUACAAGUGUCAAAAACUAGCGCAAUUUCCUUGACACAUUCUCUUAAAAAUAUUACAGUAUUUAUAGAUAAAAAAUACCCGAGUAAUUGUUGUGAAAACAAUUUAAGAACUAAACCCAAUAUAUCAGGGGAUUAUCUCUAAUUCUAACUCGAUUCAAAAGUUACAAAUUGUUUAUUACUGUGAGGGCAAAGGAAUUUUGGUUUUUAAUGUUAUUGUAUACAAUUUGUAGUAAGUAGUUGGUGCUAUACACUUUGAACUAUGAUAUCAAAAUAUAUGAUAUCAAUAUUUCGCAGGACCCAGAGACAUUUUUUUUCUUUUUUAGUUAAUAUCAUAUCGAACGUAAUACAUACCCAUACCAAUGAAAAAAUUGGUCUAUUAUAAAUUAAUUGGUUCAAAUGGAUAAUCUUUAAGAGAUUGGUAUUCUCAAAAUUUGUGUCGAGUUAGAAAUAUCAAAAAGCGCUUUAAAUAAUUCAAGGAUUGUUCUCUCUGUUCUUCAAAGACUGAAUGUCAUCCGAAUCUUGUAACUCUUCCAUUCUUUGUAGUUUAAACUAUUGAGCGUUUUGCACUUUGACACUUUCCAAUGAAAAAAAAAAUCAGGAUUUGCUAGUGAGCUCUGGUUGUGUGAUACACCAUGGGUGUAUGUAUCGUUAUAUCAAAAUGUAAAAGAUGGACCAUUUGUGACUUGAAGGUCGAAAUCGUUUGGAGACAAGCAUAACUUUAGUACAUGCUACUAAAAGUUAUUCGAUGGAUGUCAAGCGAUUUUGAUCUUUGUUAGGUUGUAGGUACAUACGUAUGUACGCAUUGUUCAGCUCUUUACCUACGCUGUGCCUCAGAGAGUUUGUAAUAUCUGUGAGCAGGUUAAAGUUUAGCUUUUCGCGAAUUCUUAUCGUUAUACGACAUGAGUGAAUAAAUGAAAACAGUUAUGAAUUGGAGCAUAAUGUCGCUGGAAGUGCGCACAUACGGAUGUGGGUACUCCCUUAAUGUAACGCAUUUUAAUUGUUAAGCUUAGUCAAUUUAUAUAUUUUAGCACUCACGGAAUUGAUGAAUUGUUGAUGCUUCCAUUGUAGACACUCGAUCAUAGUUUUAGUGAUGCAUUAUAUCGGCGAGUCCUACUGUACUAGACAAUAUAAUUUUAUGUAGAGUUGGCAAGGAAGUAGGUUAAUACGGGCAAAACAUUAUAAACGUCAUGGAGAGAGCGUUUGCUACUGCCAAGUAAAAUAGUAUUGAUAAUAAAUUAGAAGGUAACUAACUCUCCUUACGAAAAAAUAACUCCUUUUAUUGCUAGCCGUACAUGCAUACGUAUACGUAGGAUCCGUGGAUGAAGGUGAUAUAUAUAUACAUAAAUGUAAUGUUGGCUUUUAAUAGCGUGGAAUCAUAUUAUACACUGAAAGAUAUUGUUCUCGUUUUUCGAACGGAAGAUAUAAUAACGGCCUAAACCGAUAAUUUUAGAGGUAGUUACAGCAUCAGUCAAUGUCAUUGAUGCUAUUCAAUGAAUUAACAUUCAUGUUAUUUAUUACCCGUCAAAGAGAUUCUAUUGUGUUAACAAGGGAGCUAAAUCGAGUGAUAAAGACUAUUCGUUUUGAUAUUGUUUGUAUUGCACAAUAAAUAAGGUUUGCUAUGCAAACUGGAACCAUAUUUGCGCCGAAUAUUUAACGAGAACACUGGAUAGGUAAAAUUGUUUAUGAACACUGUACUUGUUAUAGGAAAAGAAAACCUAUUCGCAAAAAUUGUGUUAAGUAUAGGUUAUUAUGACUUUUACCCCCUUAUUGAUAAACGAAGACUACGCUUGGAUUAGUUACUCCAUGUUUUUACUCUGUCUAUUGAAUGACAAAUGGAAUUUGAGCGACAAUUAACAAAAUACGGCGUAACUAGUCUAAGCUUAUUCCUUGUUUAUUAAUAAGGGGAUUAAGGUUUAUCAUAAAUAAAUAGUAGGUACAUGAAUACGUAACACCAAAAUCAUACUUACACCAAUUUAUAUAGAUAAUAAUAAGAGAACUAUAUGCAGUGGUCGUGAAUCAUACAACACAUCUAGUAGUGGAAAUUAUAUCCCUAAAAUUUUCAGACAAUGUUAUUUGUAACGUCCGUCCAAGAAAAGUAAUUAGCCAGGAAAUUUUAUAAUUGCAGGCAUUUCCAAUGUAAAAUUGCUUCAAUUGCGAUUAAAUAACUAUCCUAAAGUUAAAAAUAAAGUUUCUCGGAAUAAAAAUCAGUUAAAUUAUGGCAUUUAUAGAAUAGUUUUGGCAAAAUCGAUUUGAGCUCUCUAAUAUUUUGGUCACAAAAUUCCUGUUUCCUUGCUCAGAGUAAUUUCGAAAAGAUCUUCAAUAACGAUUGUAUGGAUUUUUUUCAUAUUUUUUUUAUGAGUUAUAAAGGAAGAGGAACUGUGAUAUCCAUCAUUAGUUAAUUUAGUUUAUUUAUUUUUUAUGUUUAGCUAUUAUAAUAUUAUAAUUAAAAAAGUGACCAAUUAUUAAGGCAAGGACUCUCUUGCUAGAAAAAAGAUCUGCUACCGUCCAGUAGGACUUCUAUUUAAGAAAAUAUCGGCAAUGCCUAAUUAUUGGAUGGAUCUGAUUUUUAUUCAAUUCCAUUGAUUUAUGAUUAUCAUUUUAAAAAAUUGUUUCUAAUAUUUUGAUUUUAUAUUUUUUGCUUAUUUGGUUUAAUUCAUAUGCACGAAAAGAGAAGCAUCUUCAUGAAAAUUAAUAAUAAUAACAUUUGACAGAAUCCCCUUAUUAUCUUGAUAAAAAUCUAAAAAAAUUAAGUCUAUAAAAACUUUAAAAGAACCACAAAUUAAAAGAAUAUUUCACGAGUCCAUCGCAAAUAUGUGUUCAUGACGAUACAUUAAUGCAUACAUUCAAGUUGUAGUUUGUUUUGCUUAAAUUUUUUUAAGGUAGGAAAAUAUUCUAUAAUUAAGUAAUCCCAGUUUAUGUGACAUUUGACUGUACUAUACUGAAUUUAGUUCUAGUGUCUGAUGAAAAUCAUAUCCAGACUGCGUAUCCAUUUGCACCUGACCGUAGAGUCAGUACAGAUCGAACCAAUCUUAAAGUCCGCUCUGAACACAGCACAAUUCGCGUCGCAGUAACAAAAGACAAGUAUAGAGGGACGGAGAUUGUUUAUACGACUGUAUAUACCCUGGCAAACUUCUCGACAAGAAAGCCUGCGCAGUAGCAAUUUUAUAUACUAAAUCGUCUACUGCGCAAGUUUAUUUGUCUAUGAAGUUGCACAAGAAGUUUGCCGUUACCUGUACACCUGCGCGAAGCAACUUCAGAGCGGCCUAAAAGUUUGGCGCGAUCUAUAAUCGUAUUGCGAGUGUUUUGAACGUGUCAUCGUUAUAUCAUCUUCUGGAUUUCCCUAGAAUUGUGCUUAAGUGUGUCCUUUAAAAGUUAUCAUUGAUGUGGUUAUGAGAUAUACGGGAGCUUAUUGGAAACAUUAUUCAAUAAAUAUAAGGAGGCUAAAAAUAACGAAUGGAACUAUUCAGUAGUGAGAAUUCAUUAAGUGCACUUGAUUAUAAGGUAGUUAUAGGUGAAAGUAUUGCGAUGAGAUAAUAUUAAAUGUGUGUUAAUUUUUGUCGUAGUCCUACGAAUAUUAGAUGAUGAACUAGGCAAGGUGUCAGUUUAUGAAAAGUCUGCAGUUAAUAUGAAACUUGAGCAAAUAUAUCAACUUGUUUAUGUAGACGAUUUCGCGGUAAAUUUAUUACGACGCGACGUAAGAUGAGCCAUCUAUUGGCAAUAGCAGUAUCAUGAAUUGAAAGGGUUUUUGAAGAAUGAGUUAGUGCUUAAAUUUUUAUUAAUACUUAAAAUAUAUUAAUAUUUUUAAAUCAGGUUAAGACUGAGCGCACAUGUACGGUCAGGACGUGCAUUCGGGUCUCCGAAUCGGAAUUCCUGAUCAGGAAACCGUACAUGUGCGCCCAGGCUAAAAGUUGAAUAACAGAAAACGGAACUACCCCUGCGAGAGGGAAAGCUUGUUCUACCGUUCGGUACAGGUGUAUUGAAAGAAAAAAAUAUGUUUUUUUUAAACGAUUUGAAUUCUAUUGUGACAGAGAGGUGUCAAUAAAUAAGUAAGCUUUCUGAUAAACAAAAAAUUAAAAAGGCAACUAAAUAGGGUAAUUUAGGCAACUAUUCUACUUUUUACUUUGUUGUUUUAUAAAAGAACCACUAUGUACAUCUCUAAUGGAAUACCAUUUUUAUCACUUAAUCCCAUAAAAUAAGGCUGAGCUGGUGGCAGUAAUUUUUAUAUGAUUUCAUCAUCUGACAGAGGUUGAUAAUAUUAGAGUACUAAGUAUAAUAAUCAUUUUAAACAAUUUCUGCCAUUAAUUACUUGCUGCAAUAUCAAAUAAGAGCUUGCGAAAGUUGAUAAUAAAAAUAAGUGUCAUAAACUAUAUUAUCAAUAGUCAUAAAUCAUGAUACAUUGUAUUUAAUAUAAAAAAAAAUGUUAGUAGCAGACGUCUUUCCUGCUGUGUUUUAAUGUACCUAAUUAUUUUUUAUUCUAAUAAUUAUAUAAAAAACAAAUCACUUCAUCGGUAUACAGACAAGAAUAAUUAUUGAAAUUAUCUUAAUAUAUAUAAAUCUCGUGUCACAAUGUUUGUCCUCAAUGGACUCCUAAACCACUUAACCGAUUAUAAUAAAAUUCGCACACCAUGUGCAGUUCGAUCCAACUUGAGAGAUAGGAUAGUUUAAAUCUCAAAUUAUAGUCGCAAUUUUAAUUUAUUGCUAAUUAUUACUUUUGGGCGGUACGAAGUUCGCCGAGUCAGCUAGUAAUCAUAUAAUUCUUUCAAAGAGAUAAAAGAAUUAAUUCUCCACUAUGAUGAUGUAGCAUUAAUAAUCUGUAUUGUUGAAAAAAAAUGAUCGUUUCUACCUUGUAAGUCUACUAUUUCUAUUAGUUAUGAAAGGCAUAACAAUGAAAAGGCAGAAAAAAUCGAAGGCAGACGUAUUUAACUACCUGAGUACAGCUGCAAGGGGGUACAAAUACACACUCACUUAUAUUAUUUCUGUAUAUUAUAUUUAUUGGCAUGGAAAAGAAAGCUAGAAAGAAUAGGUGUUUUUAAACCGGGAAUGAAGGCUACGAAGAGAAAGAGAGAAAUAUAGAUGCUCCAAAAUUUAGACGGUACAAACAAAAUCAGAGUUAUAAUGUCUGCCAACUUUUUCUUACAUUUACAAAUCUAAUAUAUAAAAUUCUCGUGUUACGGUGUGCGUAAUUGAACUACUCCGAAACGGCUCGACCGCUUUUCGUGAAAUUUUAUAUGCAUAUUCAGUAGGUCUGAGAAUCGGACAAAGUGUCCACCCUUAAUUUUUUUUAAGGACAAAAUUUUUUUUUGAUACAUCAUACAAAAAUACAUACAACCCUAAAUUUCCACCCUUCUACCACCAACCCCUAUUUUAUGGCGGUACGAAGUUCGCUUUGACAGCUAGUACUCUAUUAAACAUAAAAUAUUUUUUGAAAAGAUGAUGAGAUGGAAUUAUAUAGUAGGUGUAGUAUUUUUUACAUUUUAUUAAUUAUCGUUUUAAAAACUCCCGCUAUCCUGACUUCUGUCAGCUUUAAUUUCACUAUGUAUGAAACAUGAUUAAAUAGAUAAAAUUGAUGUCAGAAACGAUAAUAUAAUUUAUGAUGUUUUUAUUUUCUUUACAAUUUGGAAAUUAGCUACCUAAGCUCGCAACUUAUUUUUUCUAGUUUACAUAGGUGCGGAGUACAUUACGUCUUGGUAUGAACGACGAUGAAAUCUUAUAUAUCGAAAUUGCCAUCAGCUUUAAGUUUCGUUAUCAAGUAAUCCUCAAAUUACCCUCUGAGGUCAGGGAAUUUAUUACCGUGGCGUUUAUUAAUUAUGCUGCAUUUAGUGAAUUACAAAUAAAAUUUAUUCUUUAGCAUAAAAUAGAUAUUAGCAAAAAACAAUACUCUCAUUAUUUAUUACUAUUUAAUUUUUUUAAAUUAUUAUUAUUAUAGGUAUACAACGAUACACUGAAUCUUACCAUUUUGGAGAGUUUAGGAAUUUAAUAUUCGUGAGAUUAUGAAAAAAAUAUAUUUAAACAACUUCAGUAUUCUAGUGAAAAACCUAGGGCUUUAUUUUGUUUUCUAAGACAAGCUAAAAUAAAGUUUCUCCAUCACCAACGAUGACAUAGAUGCCUAAUAAUUAUAUACCAAUAAGUAAAUGAUAACAGGUAUUUUAAAAAUGCUAAUAAUAGCAUUGGCUCAGCCUAUAGAAUUGUUAUGGAAUUGUUAUACCCGCUAAUAAUAAAAAUGUAAUACAUAGAUUCAAUUCUGUACAAAAUAAUACUCGAUAUAUAAUUUUAAUUUCGUCUCUCUUGUAAUAUAAGUUGUAAUACUAGUAAUAUUUAAUGUAAUCAACCAAACAAAUGAUUAUAUUUAAUUUUAAUAUAUUUACUAAAAUCCAUUAAUACAAAUACAUAUUAUGUAGUGGUAUUUUGAUGAUUAUGUAACAAUUGUUACUGGUCAUAGUGGGGGAGCCCCAGCGGGGAUUUUGGGGUUUACGUUGUAGCUCCUAUUUAAAGGAGUACGGCGACGGAAAAUUUGGCCGCGACCAAAAGUCAAGUCACAGUCAAGCCGAUUAUUGUUUAUUUUUAUUUUGCCCUAGACCCUUGACCCUAUAUAAAGGGCUCUGGUCUGGUGAAAGUACUUCACAAGGUACAAGGUUACCCCCCUUAUUUUAUUGAGCCGCGCUCGAGUAAAUUGCAAAAUCCUCACUGAUGCUCCCCUUCUAUUACUUUCGUUGCAGAUUGUGAGCAAAGCGGUAUACUAACUGUAACUAUAAGAAAAUAUAACCAUAAACACUAAGCUUAGUUCAGACGAAUGUCAAUCAAAGAUAUGGUAGCCAGAUGGGUAUUAGCAUGUACAAUUUACUUGCGCAUCCGCCGUCUCUCAAAAAAUAGCAACUGACGUAUUGGUACUCUAAUGUACUGUCAACUCUGGUGCCUUACCUUUAAUUGGGUUUCGUCAUAAUAUCAAUUACAAUUAUGUAAUAUCGACUAAACAAUAAUGGUAAAAAGCUUACAUAUGAAUGUCAAUAAAUACCAUCAAUUACUAAUUAAGAACCAUGCUUCCUGAUAGAUCUGACAAUAUAUUUAAUAAAUUCAGUUAUGCCUUAACGAAAUAUAGGUAGUGAUAUAUAUGUAAGAUUUAUAAUUAAAUUGCAUGUUAGUCAUAUUAUACAAACAUAAUUAUUUAUUUAUAAUGAAGCUCUGGUGGCUGGCUGGACCCAGUUGUAGAUUUUUUAUCAUAUCAUUAGCAUAUCAUAAGAUAUUAUUAUUAAGGUAUUUAUUCGUGCAUGAUUUAAUACUUAAAAAUACUUUUUCGGGCAAAGGUGAAAAACUUGGUUUGUGUACGUUUUUAUUUAUAUACGUUGUAUUAUGAUAAAAUGUUAUUCGAGAAUGAUUAUUAUCAUAUUGACUUUUAUUUUAUAUUAUGGGUAGUGGUGAUUAUUAUUGUUAUAAUUUUUUAUCCAAUAGUAAACCUAAUCCAUUAAGUUAUAUAACGAAAUUGUUUAUUUAUUAUUGUAGGUACUUUUAAAUUCUGCUUAUUGAAUUUGACAUUAUACGGCUUAAAGAGUGCAAAGCAAUAAUAGGUCUUUCCGGAUUUUACGCAGCGUGUUGCUACUAAAGACAUUUUUGUAAUGAUCUUUAUGAGACAACAUAGACGAUACGGAUGAUGCACUAAACAUAAAAAAAUACUAUAAAUUUAAAGUUUACAACAUCUGCACAGUUUAGAUAGUUAAUAAGUAUCAAAAUUUCAAACCAUACAGACAAUACUUUAUUUAAAGUUAUGAAACAAAACUCACUUGUGGAAAUGGAUAAUAUAUUCCAAAUUUAAUGGCUAGUUCUUUUUUUUGUUUAAAAUGUAGCGUGCUCGUUAUAUUUCCUCUUACCAUUUAGUAUAAGUACCUACAUUGGCAAGGUGUUAAGAUUGACCUUAAUUAACUUUGUUGACGCAAAGCGAAUUACGAAACUGAAACUAUAUUUAUUGUUUAACAAGCCCCCAAGGUGUUACCCAAGGCCUAAUAAAUUCAUCGGGUGCAGUGAUUAUAGUCAUGGAUUGCUGAGCUUAAAUUUGAUGAGGUCUUGCAUGUAUUCUUCUAGUCCAGUGGUUCUUAACCUGUGGUUCCUGAAAGCACCCGAAGUGGUCCGUGGUAAGACGAAAUUUUUUACAAUUGGUCCCUCGUUGCUUAAAGGUUAAGAACCACUGUUCUUGUCCCUGUCUUUCUUUAAUAUAAUGACACGAGGUUUUAGUAAAAGCGCAGGAAUUAAUACUAAACUCGAAAGAUUGUUGACUUAAUAUUUGCUUUAUUACCAUCAUGCUGCGUGAAUUCCGAGGAUUUUGGCCCAUACUUAAAGAGUGAAAGUGGUAGAUUUAAGGGUAGCCUUACUAGAUUAAGAGUUACGAUCAAAUGAAUAAGGAUGUUGAACUUUUAUUCAGUAGACUAGCACGGCUGGCGUUAUUAUUGCAAUUGUAUUAUCAUUUUUUAAAUCGAAGUUAAUAAAGUUACAAUAA